GGAGGCGACCUGCCUCAAAGGGAGGGAGCUGCGGUGGCAGCCCUGGCCCGAUGUCUCCAAGUUCAACGAGGAGAGUGGUCCGUGGUGCCGCUCCGCUGGGGCCAGCGCGGGGAGCUCUUCGCGCUGCUGCGGCAGCGCUCCACUGGGGAGCUCCGCGUCUGCGCGGCCGAUGUCCACCUGCCCGUCGAGAAGUGGGCCCCGCUCAGCUCGCCGGCGGCGGCCGUGAAGAACGCGGAGUACAAGUCCUUCACGUUCAACGACCACCUCUUUAUUCAAGAGCUCGACCGUGAGUCUGGGCAGCUGAGGGUCUACCACAUGCCGGACCCCAGCGCCGCCUGGACCGUGGCCUUCGAGGCCACGCUGCCCGAGGAGGUGCCCCCCAAGGAAGAGGGCCUGUGCCUCUCGCGGGGGGCUGAGCUCUGCGUCUUCUACGCCCAGGACCCGACCGAAGCCCACACGUGGCCGCGGUGGAGCCAAAGAGCGCCGAGGCGGAGGGCGCGUGCAGGGUGUUCAGGACCCGAUCACGGACCCGGGCAAGGCCUGGGCUCUGUCCCCGGAGGCCCCGCCGCUGUCCCCGAAGGCGACGCUGACGCCCGUGUACGCGAAGGCGAAGGCCGGGGGUCCAGAGAACUUCGAGACGGCGCUGCUCUCCGUGGACCAGGGCGAGAGCAUGCUCUCCGUUUUCCACGCCAAGGCCUCUGGCAAGCCCUGGGUCCUGGUCUCCAAGAUCCCGUACGAGACGCCAGACUAUGCUGCGCGUACGUGCCAGGGAAGCCGGAGCCGGUGCUGAUGGCCGGCAGCCCCAGCGACCGGAUGCUGAAGCUGUGCCACCUGAACCUGAUCGAGUGGUGCACCUUCAAGCAGGCCGACGACACAGACGCCUCCGCGCCCAGCCAGCCGGUUCUGGAGGAGAAGUUCAGCCGGAAGGUGCUGGGGUGGAGCCUCGCAGGGGCCGGGCGGAUGCUCGGUCUCCUGUCGCCCAG